GCCAGCGAUUCUUUGGAACAGACGUUUUUAGGUGUUACAGAGGGGGAUAAGUAAGCACUUUCGGUAGGACUGAACUGGAACACGUGUACUAGCCACUUAAAUAGAUUCGCGUCCUUAGUAAAAUUAAAUAAAACUCGACUAAACUUUGAAUGCUUCCUCGUUGAUCAACUGGCUUUUGGUGUAAGCACUGUGCUACCACCUAUGGCGGCAUAUUUUAGGGGGCGGCAAAUUUUACGAUGUCAAGGAAGCUGGGCUAAAGCUACAGCAGCACACAUACCAGAUCUAAAACCACCCGAAAUAACAAAGACUUUUCCAUCUUCUCAUCAGUCUUUGAAAAUUGGUUUUGAAGAUAAUUUAGCUUCAGACUUUCAGUUUAUAUGGCUACGUGACAACUGCCAAUGUGAAAAAUGCAUACAUCCUCAAAACAAGCAAAAGAUGCUGGAUACAGUGAGCUUAGACAUAAAUAUUAAGCCCAUAUCGUACUAUAUAACAGAAACUGGUAGUUUGAAGAUAAUAUGGCCUGACGGAGAUGGUGGAGAACACGUUAGUCUCUAUGAUCCUCAAUGGUUGCACAAGUGCGGGAAAGAUUUUGAACUAGACAGUUACGACUCCUUUCAUGAUGCUUUACCGCGUAUGAUUACAUGGAAUGGUGAGAAGAUUAAAGAAAGCAAACCUGAAAUCAACUACAAUGAUGUAAUGGAAACAGAAGAAGGUCUUAAAACGUGGCUGGAGAUGAUUUAUAAAUACGGACUGGCAAUUAUACGAAAUGUACCUUGCGAAAAAGGUGAAGUAAUCAAAGUGGUUGAAAGAGUUGCUUACGUUAAAAAAACGAAAUGGGGCAGCUCUUUCGAUGUGUUAUGUGAACCCAUUCAAAAUGAUCCCACCCAUUUGGCGUUUUCGGGGAUGUAUUUGGAACACCAUACGGACAUGAACUACCUAGAAAAAUCUCCAGGUCUUCAGGCCUUGCAUUGCCUCAAAGCAAGUGCAUCCGAGGACGAGGAUAGCAUAGGAGGACAGUCUUUCUUUGUUGAUGGGUUCUAUAUUGCGAAAUGGCUUCAGAACGAACAUCCUUCAUCAUUUCACGUUUUAUCAACAACACCAGUUGAGUUCAAGAUCUAUAGUCACAAUAUGGAGUACUGUAAUCAUCAGUAUGUUCUUUGCUGUAAUAGAACUGGAGAAAUGAGAGAGGUUCAUUACAAUACAAGAACUAUGGCUCCUCUUAAAGGACCAGCUGACUCAGUCCAGCCCUUUUAUGAAGCAUAUAAGUUGUUAGGAAUGAAAAUGCGAGAAAAGGAGUCGGAAUUUGCUUUUAACUUAGUCCCUGGUGACUUAGUUGCAUUCAACAACCGCAGAAUUCUUCACGGACGUACUAGCUUCGAUCCUAGGCGAAUGUCAAGACAUUUAGAAGGAUGCUACGGUGAUAUUGAUGAAGUCAUUACAAGAUACAGAUCAUUUGUCAAAGCAGAAAAGUUAUAAGUAAGAGUCAACGAUGAACAAUUGUAUUACGAGUUGAUAAUAGAGGCUAACUUUGUUUUAGAAAUUGUAAAUAUUUUUUAAGAUUGCUUUUUGUACUUUUUGGUUUUAUAGAAUGAAUUUUUCUUUUGUAUUGUAAUAAAAUUUUUAGUUAGGUGCUCA